CUGCAUUAGGGUCCCCCCAUUCUUCCCCUCCCUCUUUUUCUCACUAGUCCCCCAGGAAGUCCUGGGUCCCCAUUUGGAGGGAGUUCAGGGGAGCCACCAUCAGAUAGUGGCAGUCCACCUGCCCCAUAAUUGGUCCUUCAGAAUCACUCCAACACAAGUAAUUCUACAGUAUGACGUCAAAUAAACACGAACAAGAAACAACGGCAGUUUAAAGGCAUUCUUCCCACAUUUCCCCUUUCACUCUGGAGACAGGAGCUGGGGGAAGCUGCCUGCGAGGCUAGGCUGGGACAGGAAAGCCGGAGUCGCGCCCCCUCUGGCGGCCACAUGGGGCCCUUGAGCGCCAGGGGACUCGGCCACUCCGCCUACUGCGGCCGGAACCAAUGGGCGCUCGAGCCCCGCCCCCUGGGCCAUCCCCUCCCAGCGAGUAUUUAGAAGCCAAGCCGGAGCAGUGUUCCGAGCGAGCUAGGGAAGCCGAAAAAGGGGAGCACAGCCCCACCUUAAUCUGGGACGGAGCAGGAACCGUCAGCCCUAAGCGGAGGCCCCCUCGUGGCUCCUGGGCCAUGGGUCACGCGGCGCCAGGCCCCCUGAACUAGAGAAGUGGGUGAGUCCCGGAGCUGCCUCCCUGUCCUGUUCCUGGUGGUCGCCGCCAUGGCCGGGCUUGUGCUGCUGGGUGCCCUGCUGUGCACGCUGCGUGUCGGGUUAGGCACUCCGGACUCCGAGGAAUUACCGCCACCUGCGCCCCAUAGCUGCCCCCACGACUGCGUGUGCGCUGCCGACCUGCUGAGCUGCGCGGGCCUGGAGCUGCAGGACGUGCCGGCCGCGUUACCUGCCUGGGCUGCAGACCUCGAUCUGAGCCAUAACGCGCUCCAGCGCCUUCGCCCCGGCUGGUUGGCGCCCCUCUACCGACUGCUCGCCUUGCGCCUAAGCCACAACCAGCUGGAUACGCUGGGGCCGGGAGUGUUCAUCAAUGCCAGCGGCCUGAAGCUGCUGGACCUGUCAUCUAACGCCUUGCAGGCACUUGGCCGCCAUGACCUGGACGGGCUGGGGGCACUGGAGAGGCUACUGCUGUUCAAUAACCGCCUGGCACGCUUGGACCAGCACGCAUUCCGCGGCCUGAGCAUGCUCAGCCACCUCUACCUGGGCUGCAAUGAACUCGCCUCCUUCUCCUUCCACCACUUGCACGGCCUUGGCACGCCCCACCUGCGCACGCUGGACCUCUCCUCCAACCAGCUGCGCCACGUCUCUGUGCCUGAGCUGGCCUUGCUGCCAGCCUUCCUGAAGAACGGCCUCUACUUCCACAACAACCCGCUGCUCUGUGACUGCCGCCUCUACCACCUGCUGCGGCGCUGGCACCAGCGAGGCCUGAGCGCCGUGCGCAACUUUGCCGGCGAGUACACGUGCCUGGCCUUUGGGGUGCCUGCGUCCCGCGUGCGCUUCCUGCAGCACACCCGCAUCUUUGAGAACUGUUCAGCUGCCCCGGCUCACAGCCUAGAGCAGCCGGAAGGGCAGCUGCGCGUGGACACCAGCACGCCCGCCCUGCGCACCGCCUGGGUGUCACCGCAGCACGAGCUGCUGGUGGCACCGGGAUCCCGCGACGGCAGCAUCGCCGUGCUGGCUGACGGCAGCUUGGCCAUAGGCAGCGUGCAGCAGUGGCACGCGGGCAUCUUCGUGUGUCUGGCCAGCGGGUCCCGCCUGCAUCACAACCAGACGCACGAGUACAACGUGAGUGUGCAUCUGCCGCCCCUGGAGCCAGAGGCUUUCAACACGGGCUACACCACGCUGCUGGGCUGUGUCGUGGGCCUGGUGCUGGUACUGCUCUACCUGUUCGCCCCGCCCUGUCGCGGCUGCUGCGAAAAGGCCUGCCGCUGCCGCCGCUGGCCCCAAGCAGCCAGCCCGCUCCAGGAGCUGAGCGCACAGUCCUCGGUGCUCAGCACCAUGUCGCCUGACGUGCCCAGCCGCAAGGCCAGUGUCCACAAGCAUGUGGUCUUUCUGGAGCCCGGCAGGAGGGGCCUCAACGGCCGGGUGCAGCUGGCAGUAGCUGAGGACUUUGAUCUCUGCAACCCCGUGGGACUGCGGCUCAAGGCGGGCUCUGAGUCUGCCAGCUCCACAGGCUCAGAGGGUCUCAUGAUGACCUAGGCUGCCCCGGGCCUCGCCCAGGCCCCCCCGCUGCUUCUGCCCUGCUCCCUGGUGUGGCCUGGGGAAGCACCAGGUGCUGCCUGGUCCCAGCCCCGUGAGGGCCUAGACCCAAACCACAAGGGCCACACUCAGAGGGAGGGGGUUGGGUCCCCAACCUGCCUCCUGCUCGGCCCGGCCAAGGCCUGCUAAUGCCUGAGCGCUGCCGCGAGGGUUGGGACCGGAGGCCCAUCUGGAAGAGCCUUUUGCAUUAGAGCUCCAGUCUCAGGGCGAGGCAGCUGCCAGGAGCCAAAGCAGUUACCCUCUCCUCCCCAGGGGCCAGGAGAGGUGGGUCCCAGGGGGACGGGACGGGUGCCGAGGGCAGUGGCCAGAGGGAGCAAGCCUGCUCCAUGAAGCAGGAUCACCAACGCCAAUAUUCAACCUGCUAGAAGCUGCAUAGCUCCACGCAGCCCGGUGGGUGGGUGUCAGGCAGCCAAGGCUCAAGAACCCUGAGCCCGGCCUGAGCCCCAGCCAGGGUGGCCCUGCCCCCUGGCCAGAGGCAUCCCACCGUUACUCUCAAGGCACAGCUUAGGAGACAGCAGUAGGGCACCGUGGCAAGCGCCCCAGCUAUCAGCAGUAAAAGCCCGGCGAGUCCGGCUGCGCUGGAAGGCUAUGUCUCUCGAGGGCAGGAGCCUCUUACGGGCUGGCACGGGUCUCGGCCUAAUGGGCGAAGCAGUGCCCUAGCUCUAUCUGCACCACACCCUUCUGCCUGAGGGCCGGGAAGGGGGCUUGGGAAACCCUCCUGUGUGGGGGCUGCACUGGGCCCCAUGGGUGUCCCGGGCGAUGUCUGGCACUUCCUAAUAAAUGUGCUCUGUGCUCACUGCUGGCAACUUCUCAGGUCCGGGCAGCAUCCAGCAGCGGCUCUGGCCGCACCCAUGUCCGGCUCCCAUGCCCCCGCCUGUGGGCUGGGGUUCUCAUCCCCUACACAGGCCAGCCGCCACGGGGACCGGAGGUUCCUGCCUUGCUUCCCCCUGCCUUAUCCCCGUCUGGAGACUGAGGCCGUGCCCAGCCCCUCCUCGUCAGGCACACUCAGCCCCGACAGGGCCCGUGGUCCCCGA